AAAGAAGGAAGGAUUGUUAAUGUUGCAUCAGACGGUUAUAAGAUCACUUAUCCUGAAGGAAUUCGUUUUGAUAAAAUUAAUGAUAAAAAAAGUUACAAGGAUUUUCCUGCUUAUGGACAAUCAAAGCUUGCUAACAUAUUGCAUGCCAAUGAGCUAGCAAGGUGCUUCAAGGAAGAAGGGGUGGAUAUUACUGCUAAUUCACUUCAUCCUGGAGCUAUUUCCACUAAUAUUAUGCGUCACCACAGCAUUAUGCAUGGCUUGUCUAAUUUGAUUGGUAAAUUUGUGCUAAAAAGUAUUGCACAGGGAGCGGCAACUACAUGCUAUGUGGCACUGCAUCCACAAGUUAAGGGUAUAAGUGGUGAGUAUUUUUCAGACAGUAAUGUAGCUAAAACGGUCACCUCUCAUGCUAAAGAUGCAGAAUUGGCAAAGAAACUAUGGGAUUUCAGCGCGAGCUUGACACAGCCCAAGUAG